AUGACUACGGAUAGAUUUCACAAAGCCGCUAAGGACGGUCUGCUAGAAGUAUUGAGGGAGGCGACACGUAAAGAAUGCAACAACAAGGACGAGUCUGGUAUGACCCCCACUCUUUGGGCUGCCUUCGAGGGACACAUCGAAGCCUUGAGGCUGCUCUGCGGGAGGGGAGGAGAACCAGAUAAAUGCGACUAUUUCGGGAACACAGCAUUGCAUUUAGCAGCUGCAAGAGGUCAUAAAGAAUGCGUGACCUUUCUGGUUAAUUUCGGUGCUAACGUGUAUGCCAUGGAUGUGGAUGGCCACACAGCUCAAGAAUUGGCUGCUAUCAAUGGCAGGGAUGAGAUCUUAAGGUUCUUGGAUCAGGCGACGGGAAAAUUGGAGAAUAAUGACAAGAAGAAAUCAAAAUCACUGAAGGAGAAAGCGAAGAAAGACCACGAGAAGUUACAGAAGCAAUACCAAAAGAGACAAAGCAAAGCUGAAGUACUGGCUGAGAAGGAAUUGAAGAAGUUGACGAAAGAGUGGGAGCACAGUUACGUUGAGGAUGUGGCUACCAUGCCGCACAGACCGAGCAAUGUAUUGAUGGCUCUCAAACAGAAGAUGACCAGGUCUACAAGCCAAGGUAACCUUCUUGACGAACAACCGCGUCCCACCUACAGCGCGCUGGUAGGGACUGUCAAUUCGGGUGCUCGCGGUCGUGGCGCUGUCUACAAGAAGGCCCUAGCAACAAAAAUAAAGAACGGAACAUUGAGGAAGAAUAAUGUUAACGAUGAUUUUAAGGUUGGUGAAGUUGAGGUGACUGGUCGUCGUUCUGUCACAUCACUGAGCGGGGUACGUCGCGACUCUGAAGUGAUGUAUGUGGGUACCUUCGGCGCCGGACCCCAGCAGCGUGGAAACCUCGCUCAGGUCUUCACGGACCCUGAACCAACGCCGAAAGCAACUCUUACCAGAUCAGCAAGUCAACCAGAUUUCCUAGCAGCGCAAAACGAGGACAGCGGAAUCGGCCAAGAAGUGUUACUACAAGAACCUGCCAGCAUUUUUGACAGACCCGGCUUCGGCAGCGUUGCUUUUAGACGGUCUAUAACAGCCACUUUGAGCGCUCUGCCAGGUGGUGAAGACGUGUCAAUCGGGUCUGCUGGGUCUCUGGCGGCGAGACACGCUUAUCAGCCGGCCGAGUGGAAUUCGGCACAAUCAGGCAGCUCAACCAUCACAUCUGACGAAGAAGGCGAACCAGAAGAAACAGGUUACGCGUCGCUCGAACGCUUCCUUACAGCUUGGGGCCUAUCACAGUACACGCACAAAUUCCGCGAAGAACAGAUAGACUUGGACGCUUUGAUGCUGUUGACUGAAAGCGAUCUUAAAUCCCUAGGUCUUCCUCUUGGUCCAUACAGGAAACUCGUAACCGCUGUUCAGGAACGCAAGCAAGCUCUAUCGCACCCCGGGCCCAUGAUAGACACGGCAAUUUGA